AUGCCCCCAGACGUUAUCGACCUUAUCUCCAGCCCAGAGGUAGAACCUCAACCAACAUCAGCCGUCAACAAUAAGUCCUCUUCGUCGCGUGUCCCGCCUAGCGCACAGAAAAACAUUCUCUAUGAUGAUCUAGACUACGACCAUUUUAACCUCACAGCCGAUGAUGAACUGCCAAUACCUGCGCCUAAGAUUCCCACCAGGAAAGAACCAGGGCACGGCACCUCUGAUCGCACGGGAGACGGCCAAGAACUAAAGUCCAUCAAUGGCUCUGCUCGGAGUAUAACGCAGAAGGAAACUUCGAUACACGACAUUGACACGUCAUGGCUUUCUUCCGACGGCUUUCUCGAUAUCGAAAAUAUUGCCAGACCGACAACUGGAGGUGACCGAAUAAGCGAGCCAGCUAGGAAGCGACAGCGCUUAUCCCCUCCAGUCCAAAGGUCCAACAGCCCGAGGUCUCGGUUGGCUCAGACACAUGUCCCAGCGAUAACCAAGAGCCCCGCUUGGGCAGGGCCGUUGAGGAGUGGUAGCAGUAGGGUGAUAGAAGAUCUCGAGUUUUCUAGCUCUCCUCAUAUUUCGAGCCCAAGGAUAUCCAAAGCUUCAGCGCCAGCCCCAGCGCCAGCCCCAGCGCCAAAACCAACAUUCCGUGAUGAUGACGACGACUCUGAUCCUUUUGCGAGCCCGCCCCUAAGACCCAGGCCCACCCGAGAAGGAAAAGGAAAAGGACCUGCGUCUGCAUCUGCAUCUGCGAAAGUCACACCAGAAGUCACCGUCAUAGACGAUUCCGUCGAUGAUGAUCCGUUUGCAACCACUCCUUUAAGAGCGAACAGGAUACCACCACCACCAAACGACGAUUCCGAUGAUGAUCCAUUUGCAGACACUCCGUUACCGAAGAUGAAUCCGCAACCACGGGAACCGUCAAAGGUGACGACCACGCCUGCAGCAUGGGAUCCCAUAUCGAGCUCGGCCCCCUUUCCAGCGAAACCUAGUCCUCGCCGCCCACUAGGGAGAAGUCAAUCGAACGUUAUUAGCCUCGAUGACUCGGACGAAGACAGAGUCGCUACCCCUUUGUCCGACGAAGACGAUGAUGACUUCCCAGACAUAUCCGAUCUCCGCUUCCCAGUUAAUCGAACUGAACCGUCGGGACCUACGAAACGACCAUUCACCAAGUCUGCGUCCACAACAACAGGGUCCACAAGACCGAAGCCUGCAGCAGGAGGCGCAAAGAAAACGGCCGAGGAACGAGCGAGAGAAAGAGAGGAUAAGGCUCUCGAAAAGAAAGCCGCAGCGGAAAGGAAAAGGCAAGAAAGAGAGCGCGAGAGGCAACAAAAGGCCGAAGAGAAGCAGCGUGCCGCCGCCCGCGCCGAAGCCAACAGGCUGAAGAUCCAAAAGGGAACCGCCACGCCUGAGAUGAUCGUGGAUCUCCCGUCUAGCCUCGGCCAGGCCGCCAGGAUCAAGACCGAAGAGUUUCUCAAGAAGGUCUACGUCAAGGAGGUCAACACCUGGGCCUCUCCAGUAGACAAUGUUGUGCGCUGGCGCCGCGUCGUCAAAUCCUGCUACGACGAAGAACGCCAUCACUACGACCCCAUCCCCGAGACCAUCGAGACCGAGAAGUUCAGCCUCGUCAUCCUCCCCGCCGCUGAAUUCGCCAAGCUCGCAAUGGGCGCCGAGGGCCACAAUCUCGAAGCGCACGUCCUCAAGAUGCAACGCCAUUUCCCGGGCCAUCAAACGAUCUACCUAAUCGAAGGCCUGAAACAGCUACUCUCCAAAAGCCGCAACAAGCGCAACAAUGAGUUUGCCUCGGCGGUUCGCUCCCGUCUAGCGGAGGACGAACAACAAUCCGCUUCUGCCUCAGCAGCCCCUGCCCGUCGGACGACCAAGAAAAACGACCCCCCUCUUCAGAUCAACGAAAUGCAAAUCGACACCGCCCUCCUCCAGCUCCAACUGCUUCACUCCCUGCAAAUCCUCCACACCACCUGCGCCCAAGACACCGCCACGCAGCUCCAGCUCUUCACGCAACAGCUCGCCAUCGCGCCCUACAAAACACGCCACGAAGACCACUUGAUGAAAGCGGCCGGGUUUUGUAUGGACAGCGGACAGGUCCGCACGGGCAUCGAGCGGAAAGACAUAUACGUGCGCACGCUGCAGGAGGUGGCGAGGGUCACGACGCCCAUCGCUAUGGGUAUUGCGAAUGAGUAUCCUAGUGUCGGAAGGCUGGUGAACGCCCUGGAAAGGGGCGGGCCGCUGACGCUGGAGGAUGUGAGAAGGGUGAUUAAUAAGGAAGGGGAAGUGGGCGAGAAGAGGGUGGGUCCGGCGGUUAGUAAGAGGCUGUGGAAGAUCUUUACAGGGAGGGAUGAGAUGAGUACGGAGGUUUAG